AUGGGUUUAACAUUUCAAGCAACAAAUAAAGACAAUCUCAGCACAGAAAAGCAACCAAUCCAUAUUGACUGUAAACCAGCAGGAGUCAAGACUGGACAUAGAUCUAAUUGCAUCUCUCCCUUCCUUGUAUUAGAAAUACAGCAGAGCUGUACCUCUCCACCAGUGAUUAAAAACGGUGUUCUUCUUAGCCCUCUAUUGCUUAGCUACAAAAAUGGUUCUUCAGUAGAGUAUGGUUGCCAGCUUUACCAUUUUUUGGAUGGACCUAGCACUGUUUACUGCAAACAAGGAAACUGGACAGAACAACCGGCUUGCUUAGAUCCAUGCAUUCUUAAUGUAACUGCUAUAAACAAUAACAACAUAGAGUUAAAAUGGAGACAGGAAGAAUUGAUGUUCCUACAUGGUGACCUCAUAGAGUUUGAAUGUAAAGAGGGAUAUGAUUUUCCCCAGACUACCCUUCCAUCUCCUGGGAGGACGCAGUGUAACCAUGGGAGACUGAAAUACCCAAAAUGUGUCGUUAAAGCUCCUAUGGAAAAAUGUGACUCUCCACCUUCUAUUGCAAAUGGGGCUCUUACUCUCCCACCCCUGACCCAGUAUGAGAGUGGUUCUUCAGUUCAGUAUAGUUGCUAUGACUAUCAUUUCUUGCAAGGAUCUGAGAGAAUCUACUGUUCUGCAGGCCAGUGGACUUCACCACCAGUUUGUAUAGAGCCAUGCACUUUGUCAAAAAAUGAAAUGGAGAAAAAUAACGUGUUGCUGGAAGGGUUUUAUGAGAACCAGGUUUACUUUUACCAUGGGGAUUAUGUUGGAUUUUACUGCAAACAGAACCAUUUUGGAGAAGAAUCUGGUACAACUUUAUUUCAAGUGCAGUGUAAGAGAGGACAGCUAGUGUAUCCAAGAUGUGUCGAAAGAGGAAAAUAAGUGUGAACUUCAGGCAAGUUCAUAGGAAAGGUAAGAAGUCUCCAAAGGACGUGGCUCAAGGGACAAGAAAAGGAGAAAGCAUUUUGAGAGAAUGUGUGUAAGGGAUGAAAACAUUUAAAAUAUAGAAAUAUGUGAGUUCCACUCAGUAGUUAAUAAUUAAUCUUAAA